AUGAAGAAAGGUGUGGAAACGGCCACGACAACAAAAGUGGUUGCUGCAGCAGCAGCGGCAGCGGCCGCGGCCAGCUUUGCAGACAAUGUUGAUCUCUGGGCGCAACAGGACUGGAUCAAGAAUAUCCUUUCCAAAUCGGGCACCGAAAUAAAGGAAGUUCCUGCAGAAGAUCUAUGCAAAAUGGUGUACUAUUCUGGCCUUCCCCUGCUGAUGACGCAACAACAGCAGCAGCAGCAACAGCAGCAGCAGCAACUUCAACAUGGUCCGGAUGGUACAAUGCUGCAGCUUAACUACAACGAUGCAAAUAGUGCGGAACAGUACGCGGUACCGGGGCAGCCAUCUCGCAACGGUACCUUGAAUGGCUACCAACCCCAGCAACAACAUCACACGAUCAGCCUCACCAAUGGGCUAACGAUCAGCAACGGACCGCAGAGUUGUAACAGCAGCAACGGCAGCAGUAGUAGUAAUGGUAACGGUCAACUGACCAUCAUGCUUAAUCCACCGGUGCAGGGCCAGUCAGCGAACCACCAGCCAUCAAUGCUGCCCGGAACGUACGGGGCACCGAUGUCACCGCUGGAAGAGAAAAGAGCAUCCUCUUCCCCGGAGCAACCGGCUUAUCCGGCGCAGCUGAGCAGUCCGCCGGCCAGUUCCAAGUUUCGCUGCGACCAGUGCAACAUUAGCUUUGGCAGCAAAAGCGCACACACCAGCCAUAUGAAAUCUCAUGCCAAACAGCAGCAGGCGAGCGAGAAGAUGCCGGUGGCCAAGCUCGCGGAGUCAGCGAUAGUCAGCGGAGCCAGCACCGCCGGUACCGGUUCGCUCGGCACGCAACAACCCGACCCGUACCAGUGUGAUGUGUGCAAGAAAACGUUUGCCGUGCCGGCACGGUUAGUGCGGCACUAUCGCACCCACACCGGUGAGCGGCCGUUCGAGUGCGAAUUUUGCCAUAAGAUGUUUAGCGUGAAGGAAAAUCUGCAAGUGCACCGGCGGAUCCACACGAAGGAGCGGCCGUACAAGUGUGAGAUCUGUGGCCGGGCGUUCGAGCACAGCGGAAAGCUGCACCGGCACAUGCGCAUCCAUACCGGCGAGCGGCCACACAAAUGUAACGUGUGCGGAAAAACGUUCAUACAGUCGGGCCAGCUUGUCAUUCACAUGCGAACACAUACCGGUGAAAAACCAUACAAAUGCCCAGUGGAGGGUUGCGGUAAGGGAUUUACCUGUAGCAAACAGCUGAAGGUACACUCCCGGACGCAUACGGGUGAAAAGCCGUACCAUUGUGAUAUCUGUUUCCGGGACUUUGGCUACAACCACGUACUGAAGCUGCACCGUGUGCAGCAUUACGGAGCCAAAUGCUACAAGUGCACGAUCUGCGACGAAACGUUUAAGAGCAAGAAGGAAAUGGAGGCUCACAUUAAGGGUCACGCCAAUGAGCUGCCGGAUGAUGAAGAGGGAGCGGAAGGUGGAUGCAAGCAGGAGGAUUCGGCUGGUGGAACUGAACGGUCAGCAGCAUCCUCGGCGGUGGAGGUACCAUCCGGUGGCAAUAGCAAUAGCAACAGCAACAGCUCGUUCGAGUAUUCCUCCAGCAUGAGCCACACCGAGGGUACGGAACAUGCGCCGUCUAGUGAUGAACCUUCCGGGCAGAGUUCGGGUGUGAGCCGCUUUACGAUUCUGAAAUCAUCCUCACCGUCUCCACCGUCGACGGCAUCAUCGUCCGUGGGCAUAAACGACGACGGUCAGCUGGCCAGUGUUGAUGAGGAGGAUGACGAAGAAGACGAUGCCGAUGAGGAUGAGAUGGAUCAUAAGCAAGUACCGCCGUACGACACAAUGGCCCAUUCGUUCGAUCAGUCAUUACAACGCGCCUACGGUAGUAUGCCGACCGGCGGUGUUGCUCCCGCACUGCUGGCGGCUGCAUCCAUUGCGGCUGCGGUAGAAAAUGGCUGCACCGAGGUGAAGUUCUGUCCCGAUAUAAAGCCGCAGCGUUCGAUCUCACCAGUACAACCGGCUGCCCUUUCCAUCACCAGAGUCACACCACCACCGUCCUCCGGCUCAUCGUCCUCCUCUUCCUCGUCCUCAUCGGUCCUGUCGAUCCCACCGGCCGUAGGUGCCUCAUCUACGCUUCUCGAACCGACCGGUACGGGUGUAACGGCCACAUCGGGUCAGUUCAUGUACGAACCCCUAGCCAUUAUGAAGCACCAUGGAUACUUUGCACCGGCAUCACAAAUUACAGAAUAUCGCUCAUCCAGUGAUAUUGUGCGCCAGGUGGAGGCGGCCAUUGCUGGUACGGAAAAUCUGCUUACACCACCGCGUUCCUCACCGGAGUCACCCGAUCGCUCAUCCUCACCCGAAUCCGAUUCAGUAUUAAUGGCCGACAGGGACAACAACACGUUGCCGCCGCGCAAACGGAAACUGUACUUCAAGGACAGUCAGCAGCAAUCGUCCGGUCCGAAGAUGGCGUCGGUAGGUACGGUGACGUCACAGCAUUACGGUGUCGUACAGCAGUCGAUCGGUCUACAGCAUCAGCAGCAGCAGCAGCAGCAGCAAACCUUACCCCUGGAUGUUCAUUCCGGCCAUCAUCAACAGCAUUUCCAUCACCAUCAAAUUCCACCCCAGCAGCACGUAUCGGAGAGCCACCACCAGGCGGGUCAGCAGGCCCACUAUUCGCACCAGCAAUGUACGGACGAGGAACGGCCCGUAAAGCUGGAAGUGCUGCGGAAUGUGUCACCGUGCCACCGGGAACAGCGGCAACCAUCGCCAACACCAACAACACAACCUCAGGUGGCCACCACCGUGAUACGGAUGAGCUCCGUCAUCCAGUACGCGAACAAGUCAUCGUAGAGUUUAGGGAAGGAUUCGAGUAGCAGCCGCCUGCACGUGGACGGCUCCCUGCCCGGACACACACUGCUCGGUGGUAGUAAUAUUUAUAUUGUACGUUUUCGUGUCGCCACCCUGUAGCCACCGUUAGGCGAAGGAACUAAGUGUUAACAACCGAUAAACCUCAAGCAAGGAAGGAAUAGGGCGCAACACCGCUAGCAGUGUGUUGCCAUUCGAACUCAGCUAGAUUUUAUGAUUUUGCGCAUGCAUAACCCGCGUAUGCCGCAUAUAUAGGCAAGAACAAGACUGUCUCAGGUUUAGAAAGUGGUGUGACCCGCCCAGUGUGCUCCCCACCUUUCAGGAUGUCCUCCGGAUGGAAGUUAAUUUAUAAAUUAUUAUAUUAUAUAUGUAUUAUGUACCGUGUACUAUGCGAACUUGAUUUUAUUGUGAGUUAUUUCACUGUUCUUUUUUUUACUCGUCCUUUAGAAACAAAGUCGCGGUAACCCUGUAACCAGUAAUAAGGACGAAGAGUGUUUGAUGUGAUAGGAAUAUGGGGAUGGAGACCGAUAGAGAAAAGGAGGACAGUGACAGAACAAAAUAACACCUAAUACUAAAGAAUGUAACGUUUGCAAAGAAGUGGGAGAUAGAGAGAGAGAGAGAGAGGGAACACAGAGAGAGUUGGAGAGAGAGCGAGAUAGAGAUGCAGAUUGCGAUGAAUGGAAGGAGUUGAAAGGAAUCGUUAAAGACUGUUGAUCAUUGUCAAAUGUUUUUUUUUUCUUUUGCAAAGAAGAGAAAUCGGGGUAUAGGUUGGUAAGCGGGCGGCCACCCGGCCAGCGUUAGAUGGUAAUAGAUUUGCGAGACAAAAGAAAAUGAACGGCAAGGGGUUGAAAAUGUUUGGGUUUUGUUUGUUUUCCGUUUGCAAAAGCCGAGUUUUCUUGAUCAUGGGAAGACCGGUGGAUGAAGACUAGAUAAAUAUACCAACAUCAUUCACUAUAUACAUUAUAUACAAACGUUUGAGCACAUCUCUCCACAGGCAUGCGGUGCGAUCGUGUACCCAUUAACGCGCGCUCCGAACGGUGGCCAUUUUUGAGACGCAAAGACGAAAAGACUAGCAGGUUUAGGCGCUUUAGGUUUAGGUGGAAGGGUUGAAUGGGAUGAGGCGUAGUGUGGCGGUGUUUGUAUUGUUCGGUUGGCUAAACAACCGAACCAAACGCGAGAAUGUAUGCGUAUUGAGGUAGGACACUAGGAUAUGAACAGUGAACAGAAUAGACUGGAUGAUUUCCCAAAUUUGAAGAAACCGUUAAAUCUUUAGUGUUGUAAGCAAUUCGCUAAACUAGUAGCCGUGAAAUUUAAUAAGUAAAAGCAUGAAAAGAAACACAGAAGAAUGAUGUGAAGUUAAGAAAUGAGAAUGAGAGGAACUAGUAUGGAAGACCAAGCUAACGUAUGGAAAACUUUAUCAAACUAAAAAAUUUAACCUAAUGGCCCCGGUGGCUGUUUGAAGAAUGCAUUUAGCGUCUGUGUGAGCGGAUCCGAGCUCACGAGUACUCCUUUUCCCAACUGUGACCCGUUCGGCGCAGCCAUUUUGAAAUAUGUUGUAGCAUGUAAAUUAAAUCUUCUACCCUGCUCCUGUCCUUCCUCCCACAAACCCCCCUUCCUCACUCCGAACCAUCACACUAUUGUCGUCGUAUUGGCGUGCUGCGCUAUGUAAGGCUUUUGUUUCUAGAGGUUAGCACUCCUGCUAAAAGAAGCGACGCGUGAUUAGCAUUGAUUGUCCCCAGAAAAAAAAGGGAAGUGCUUGCUGGGAGCUCGUGUGGUGGAGGAUUUUUGUUGCGAGGGGAAAACAAAACAAGCGUCACAUUUGCCAAAUCCUAAUCAGCAGAAAGAUCCCAGAAAGAUCGAUGCAGACAUACACACAGCCACCAUUUGCAAUUACCACACACAAACACAAACACGCGUGAAAACAUCACGAUCUUUUGCACGCGUAUGAACCACUGCUUCUGAACAAAACAAAACAAAAAGUACCUCGAAUGAAAGACUUGCCGCAUGCUGGUAGUCUGAAUAAGGACCGUUUCCUUUUCGUGAGUUUGGAAUGAUGUUUAAUGUAAAAGAAAAACAAAAACACAAUGCCUACUACGAUAGGAUUUUCGAUAGUCGAUCAAUCAACAAAAACACAUUCACACAAUGAACAUACGUUGGGUUUGUUUUCCACGCGCACCACCACACCACAUCUGUGGCACAACCUUUUGGUUUUGUUGUAAAUAAGAGAUCAUUGUUAUACCGUUCCUUCCAUUGUCCUUCUAUUUCUCUUCAGCAAUGUUACUUUCAUUCGCUUCGUUCUUUUUUUGUGCUUUGAUAGAGUAAAAUCUGAAAAUCACGAAUAUGCGUUAAAGCUCUCUUUCCUUCUCUCUCUCUCCUUCUCUCUCUCUGUAUCUUUCUAUUUUAUACUAAACAAUGCCAUUUUUCAUCUGUGUUCUCAUUUGAACCAUCCCCGAAUGCCCUCCUCCCCGCGGAAUACGGUAGAGAUUAAUUAACAGUUAUCAGUUCCUUAUAGAGGCGGUUUCCAAAAUAAAUAAAUGCAAACCCCGUUAUGGUUUUUGUAAAUAAUGCAUGUGCGCUUGUUUUUCUUUUGUUUAUUUUUGUUUUCCUUCUGUUUUGCGAAUUUUUCAAAAAAAAAAAAACGCUUGUCCAAAACGACAAAAUAACGUACGAUGUUUGUGCAGAAUGUUUUGUGCUGAAUACUAAAACCGUUUUAACUGUAAACUGAAAGAGUCACCCCGCACCACUUCCUCAACCGUACUGAACCCAAUAGCUAGGAGGAGAUAGAAACAAAAAAAAAACAGAUGUACUGUUGUUUUAUGGCGCUUUGCGAAGAGUUUUCUUUCAUGUUUUAUUUGGAAGAAAAUUAACUGAAAUGCUGUCUAUAGUGGCACGAUGAUAUAUGAAGUUCAUCACACACACACACACACACACACGUACGUGUCUGCAUGGAUAUUUAUUAUUUGUUUCUUUGUGCUUGAACGAUGUAGCUAAAUUAAACGUAACAGGAAUAAGCAGGAUUGCAGGCAACAUCGAAGCAAAUAGCGAUGUGCAUGCAAAACACUACACGAUCGGUGUGUUUGAAUUGCUGUGUAAUCACAGAGAAAUUCCAUCAACACCUCACAAUUGUGCGGCAAAGUAUAACAAGAAACAAUAACGAACAUUCUACGACAGGAGCGCAGAAACACAGCAGAUUAGAAGUAACACUCAGGAACAUGAAUAAAACACUGUUGUUGGAGGGUUGUUUUUAAUUUAAUUAUCACUCGAUACGAAGACUAGAAUUCGCACAUCGUGUACUGUGUUGUUGCACAGGAAAGAGAGAGAGAGAGAGAGAGAGAGAGAGAGAGAGAGAGAGAGGGAGAGAGAGAGAAGGUAAAAAAAGUUGAUUAAUUUUGUCAUACUCUCACAACGUCUUUUUCAUGUCUUAGAAUAAAAUGCUUAACACCGAGCGCGUAUGCCAUU